GCAGGCAGAUAAGGUAACCAGGUGCCUCCGGUGGGAGGAGAAGCAGCCGCCGGGUGGGGGUGGGGAACGGGUGGGGGGAGGGAAACGGACAAACUGGGGUUUGUACCUGAGCCACCUGCAAUCCCCACCGCCGCCGCGACGACUCAGCCUCAGGAGGGUGGCUUCAGCCAACUGGAAAGCGGCUCAGCCGGGCACGGUUGUCCAGGCCAUGGAGAAGCCGGUUCGAGCUCUACGGCCUCAGCCGAGGAGGGGAAGGGGAGAGAUGUGGUGGUGGUGAUGUCCGCACCGGGCGCAACUCCCGCCGCCUCCAGCUCAGCGCCGCUCCCGCUGCGGCGGCCCUAGUCGCCGCCUGUCCGAGUUUUGACGUUUCCUAUUGUUGCCGGAAGUGACGGCCUUCCCGUGCCCUAGAAGACAAAAGAUGUGCGUUUCGCCACUUCACGAUUCGUCACCCUCUCGUUGUCUUCCCAUCAUGCUCCUCGAGGUCCCCGAGACUCCCCUAAAUCGCCCCCGCCUUGGUUGUCCUCUCCUGUCGGCUCCGGGGCCUUUGAAAACCUCGGUGACCCCCGCCCCGCUCCGCGAGGGGUACUGACGCCGCCGUCUGGAAUCUGCGGCGGGGGUGCUAGAGCAUGAAGGAGGGGCUAAAUUCGCUCCGCCUCCCGGGGAGCCCGGCGGCCUGGUAGCCUCGGCCCGGGUCGUAAACGGUCGGCGCGGCGCGUGAAGCGGCGCAGGCGCCGUCCUGACACUGUGCGCACAGGACCUGCUCGCUGCCCGCAGCCUCUGCGACUCCGGGGUCUCUGACACGGCUUCUUUGGCCCGCGGUCUUACGAGGUGAAAAUCCCAUCAAAACCAGAGUUUAAUUCUAUUUUGGAUAAUGGCAACUGGUGAUUUAAAAAGAAGCUUACGAAAUCUAGAGCAAGGAAUUCGAUUGCUUGGUUAUCCGAGAGAGGUGGAUUAUUCAGGCUUAGUAAAAGGAGAUCCUGCAGCAUAUUUGCCUAUUAUCAGCCAUUCCCUGACUUCUUAUUCAACUUAUGUAGCAGAAUUUUUGGUCAUCUCCAAUACAGAACUCACUGCAAAGAAUGAUUAUCGAUUCAUUGAUUCUGUCUAUAAGCUUCUUCGAGAUAAAUUUCAUUAUAAACCCAUUUUGACAAAAAAACAGUUUUUCCAGUAUGGGUUUGUCGAAUGGAAGAUACAGAUUGUCUGUGAUAUUUUGAAUUUAGUGAUGAAAAAACACAAGGAGCUGUGUAACCUGGAUAAGGCUGUAGCACAGAAAAAGAAAAUUCGUCCCGUGAAGUCAGAGGCUUUUAUAAAUUUUGAGAAAACUCUUGUAGAACCUGUUGUUCCUGACUUCACAUUUAGGGCUGUGCCUUCAGAACAGAAAAAGCCAAUUGUGGAACGUCACCCAAAUAGUGAAAAUUUUUCUCACGUACUCUUUUCUGAAACUGAAGGUAAUGAAAAUUUUGAUGAACCUGGAAGAGAUGUUAUUGAAAUCACGUGUGAAUCACAAGACACAGAACUUAAUGCUAAGAUUGAAGAUCUACGGAGUAUGCUUGCUGAAUGCCAAGAAAAACUUAAAAAACAGAUAUUGAUAGAGGAUAAGUUACGUUAUUUGGAAGAACAACUGAAAGGAAAAGUGAUUAUGCAGGAACUGGACUCUGAUGUAAAUUCUGAAAUUGCAGAAAUACGAAACAUUCUUGCUGAAUGCCAAGAAAAACUUAAAAAACAGACUUUGAUGGAGGAUAAGUUACGUUAUUUGGAAGAACAGCUAAAAGGAAAAGUUAUUAUAGAUGAAAUGGUCUGGAAUAAUCUUUUAAGUCGUGUCACCCUCCUUGAAACAGAAAUGCUCCUACACUUUAAAAAGCAUGAUAUACCUUUAGAAACUGUUGAUAUGAAAGAAGACCAUAAGUACAGCAGGAACAGGGAUCUAUCAUCUCCUGAUAGAAAAAGGAAAGAAGAGAUGCCAGAGAGUCUUCAUCAGCAGUCAUCUGGAUACAACUUACUAUUAUCCACAGAUUCCUCUCCCCAACCCAGUACCAUUAAUUACUUUGGUUUGACAGAAGCUUCAAAGGAGACAACGAUGGAGAAAAUAGAAAGGAUAAAAAGAAUGUUUCAAGAAACUGCUGACUUGUUGAAGUAUUCCAAUAACUCAUCUUAGAAAUAUCUCCUUGGACUUCAGAGACUCGACACUGAACAUUUUCUUCAGGUUUUGUUUGUGCAGUUUUAAAUAUAUAUUGAUAUUGCUACAUUGAGAAUUCCAUUUGGUGUUUUCGUUAUUGAAGAAAUAAUUUAAUUCUAAAAAGCUGUAAUUACACUACUUUACUGUGUUUGAGCUUUUUGCGAGGAAAAUAUUCCUGUUGUUCCAAGUAGAUUUCUUUUGCAGAGUGAAGUCAUUACAGCAGUGUAUUUUUGUGUUGACAUUUGUUGGCAGUGUGCUAAGUAAUAUGUUUUUUAAAGCGCAGGCUUGAGGACCACAGUUUACAUCCUGUUGGAAAUUCUCCAACGGGGACUUGCAUAUUGCACCCAAGAGAUUUACAUGCAUACCAUUUUGCCAUCUGUGUAGUCAAAUAAGUUGCAAUGAAAAGUUAAAUAUACACAUUGCGAAUGAAAAUGUUUUUAUUUUUAAAAACGCAUCUUUUUUUUCAACUUAGAAAAGUAGUGAUGCAUUAGAUUCUCAAUUAACAUUGAAAUAGUGGAGGUCAAUGUGAUUCUGUAUUUCUGUAUUUGUGUGUAGGUCUGAAGUCUUACUGUGAAAAAGGUGUUGAGUGUUUUAGUGUCAUAUUCAGUAACACAUUUUAAGACCAGCAGCACAGAUGGAGACCAUCCAGAGUUAUAAAGAUACACAAGCAUGUUUUGGGAUUUUGUUCUUUUUUUUUUUUUUUUUUUUUUUUGGUCUUGGCAAGGGGACACCAUGAUUUGUAAUUAUAAAUUUCUUUGUAGAUGUGGAUGAUGUUGAUGGAAAGUUUACAUGAACUUGAGACAAGAAAAAAAAGGAAUUUAAAAAUUUCUCAAUUUUAAAAAAUCAUAACACAAGUUUGCUCUGAACAGGCUUCAAGAGAAGGCAACUCCUUUAUUAUGAAGGUGGAAAACAGCUUUUUCCUUUGAUUUUCUUUUCCCCUAAAUCUAUGUGAGUAAGAAUCUUAAUUUUUAACUUAAAUGUUUUGUAUGACACUAAAGUCAAAUAAAAUAAUGUUAACUUAAGGC